AUGAAUAAUUUAGAUCAAAUCAUAAACUUGAAAGUCAAAGUGACUACACUUUUAGACCAGUCAAUUACAGGUACCAUAUAUGCAUAUUCCCCAUCCAAUGAACUUCUAGCGUUGAAAACUGGUAGUGGUAAGAAUAAUGUAAAGCCAGAGACUUUCAGAUUCAUCAAUACAGCAUAUAUCAAGACUAUCCAGGUAUUACCUCCAUUUCCUAAAAAGAAUCAAAAUCCACAUCAUAAGAACAACACAAAUGUAGCAAGGGUUCCAAUAAAUGAGAUUGAAGCUAAUUUGAACGAUUCAAUUAAGAACUACAAGAAUAGUCUAUUAAUUAACAAUCCAAAGGCAUCACCAAUUGCAAUUAAAAUCUUUGAGAAGUUUUUCAAGUUGUAUGGAAUCGAUAAUGUUAAAUGGCAAGGUUCUGAUAUCAUACUAUUUGAUGAAAUUAGGUUAGCGAAGCCUUAUACUCUAGGAAAAUCCGGUAAUAUCGUCAAGUUGGAUGAAAAUUCAAAAGCCAUGAACAUGGUUGAAGAUGUGUUGAAAGAAAUUUGGCUCGAGGUGGAUAACGAAAAGCGUGGUGGGUAA